AUGUCGAAGAUAUACAAGUUAGAAAGAGAGACGAUGGUUGAUUUACAUUGCUCGGAGGUGAAGUCGUUUGAGCAAACAUUAGAUGAUAUUGAGAUAAAAAUAACAGAGUAUAGCGGGGAAAGGCUAGAGUUUGAUCUCGUCAAUGUUGACUGUUCCUUUGCCAAUGCCCUGAGACGCAUACUCUGCAAUGACGUUCCAACUAUGGCUGUCAAGGAUGUUUUUCUAAAGGAGAAUGAGAGCGUGUUUCCAGAUGAGUUUAUAGCACACAGGUUAGGGCUGAUUCCUCUGGAGGCCGAUCCUGAGAUGUUUGAGUUUGUGGAGAAGGAACUGAACGAAAGAAAUUCUCUUAGGUUUGUUCUUAAUGUCACAAAUGAAAGCAAAGAUGUUAUGAAUGUGUAUUCUGAUGAUAUCAAGUGGAUUCCAUUUGGAGGCCAGAGAGAAGCUUUAAGGAAUGCCAAGUUCUGCAGCGGGGUACUUAUGUUUAAGUUAGCACGAGGGCAGAAGAUAAAUGCAGAGCUUGUAUGCACCAAGAAUAUAGGGAGGGUGCAUGCAAAGUGGAGCCCUGUAUGUCCUGCAACCUAUAGACUCAUGCCGUUGAUUGAAAUAGGAGAUGUCUUUGACGAGGAUGCUUACAAACUUCAGAAAUGCUUUUCGGAAGGUGUUAUAGAUGUAAGACUCAGCGAUGGAAGAAUGAAGGCUUAUGUAGUCAACCCACGACUAGACACAAUGAGCAGAGAGGCACUUAGACAUGAAGAGUUCAAAGACAAGGUGUUUAUUGGAAGAAGGUCCGACUACUUUCUCUUCACAAUCAACAGCGUGUUUCUAGAUCCUUUAUAUCUCUUAAAAAAGGCGGUUUCGAUACUCAUAGAGAAGAGUAUGGCCUUGAGAAAUGAAGUCGAGGAUCUUCUGGACCAAUAA